AUGUUUCUAUAUCUUGACACGGUCUUUUAUCAGACUUUUUCGAGGUCCUCUGAUAUAUCAGAGCUGAUCUACGGGAAGAACAGUGCCUGCUUCUUGGAGAAAGCAUUAAACUAUUUUAAAGAAGAAGAUGAGGAAGAAGAAACAGAAGACGAUGAAGAGGAGGAGUGGGACACAGACCUUGAAAUAGAAAGCUCUACAAUAUGCUACGAUCCUGCCGGGAAAGCCAGAUACCUUGCGAUCUGUCAAGCGUAUGGCGUGGUUCCUAUCUCUUACUUUUUACGGCAUAUGAAAGAUUCUGAACUGAUUCUGAACCAUCGUGGCCUUAAUCCUAAGGCAGCCAAGGCUCUCGCUCUUUCCCUGACCAGCAACACAUCCAUCCUGAAGCUGAACCUGAGUGACAACGGCCUUGAUGCAAACGGAGCCAUUGCGAUAGCGGAGAUGUUAAAGGAAAAUUGCUACAUUUCAGAACUUGAUUUAUCAGACAACAGAGUCGGGAUGAAAGGGGCGGAAGCUCUCUCCACAGUGCUUCGAGAAAAUCCAGUUCUUGUGACCAUGAAACUUUCAGGAAAUGAAUUAAACGACAGGGCAGCCAAACAUCUGGCAGAUGCUUUAGUGACCAAUCAGAAAGUGAAGCACUUUGAUCUGAGUCAUAACAUGCUUGGAGAGCCAGCAGGAGAAGCUCUUGGAAUGGCCAUGGCGGAAAAUGUGGGGCUGAAGGAACUCGACCUCAGCUGGAACAACUUUCGGGGCCAAGGAGCAGUGGCUGUUGCCAAAGGCCUGGGGGCGAAUAUAUUCCUUCGAGUCCUUGAUCUGUCCUAUAACGGCUUUGGAAACAGUGGUGCAGCUGCUCUGGGGGCAGCCCUGAAAAGCAACGAUGUGCUGGAAGAACUCUGCAUCGGUAAUAAUCGCAUUGCCUUGGAAGGCGCCCUCGCGCUGGCUUUGGGCCUGAAAGGAAACAAGAACCUGAGGAGACUCAAGAUGUCCAGGAACCCGAUCCGGAACGAAGGCUGCCUUGGGAUCCUCAAAGCAAUCCGCACGAAUCCUGGAGCUGCAAUGGAACUUCUGGAUUUUUCAGCAAUUGUGGUGAAGCAGGACUUUGUCCGGGCAUGUGAGGCUGUCCAAGAACUUUUCCCCAGCCUUCUGAUCCACCAUGAUGGAACCUCUCGCUUGUUCAGAAGAAAACUUCCAAAGGUUUCCUAAAGAGAUUCCUGGUGGCCCUGGAAGAUCAGCCUUUUCUUGUUGAUGUCCUGGAUGGGAGGACCCUGUGAAUCGUCUGGUGAUGCUUGAUAGAGGUCCAGGCCUUCUGAUCCCUUCCCCACUUCCGUGCUUCUCUUUGGGCUGGAGCCAGCAUGUUGUGUGACAUGCCACCUUUUCAUAUGCUGAAUGUUGGCUGCAGGGAUCUCCUUGCAAGGAUUUGGAUACCCUGCUCAUAGCAACACAAAGGGAUCCAUUGGCACAUGAUGCCGCAAGCGUUCCUAGCAAUUUUCCCUUUGAGGCAAAACCCUCCAGUGAUCUGAUGAGGCAGGUUGUCCGAGCGGACCUCAGUGGAGGCUAAGAGGAAGCCGAUAAAAAUCUGGGAAGAAACUUUGGAUGCAUUUAUUCCCUCUCAUUCCACAGAGUUUGGGAACUGCUCCUCUAUCAAAACUCUGUCCCGGUACUUUUAGCCAAAUUAUCCUGUGUGCCAUCCUCAAUGUCAACCUUUCCUCUUGUGUAACCUGCACAGCUUCCCCUGAAAACAUUUCCAGUGGCCAGGAAUGUCCAGCAGACUUCCUGGCUGGACAUUGUCCCAGAGGAAGUCCCCACCUCCACUGCAGGCAGACCAGUUCUAAUGGCCAGACAUGGUGAAGGUUGAACUCUCCCCUGCUGAAGGCCAUCUAUAAACACACAUACACCAUGGUAAGGGAUAUUCACACGGCUGUAGUGAAAUUCGGGGUGGAUUGGCUGAGGGGGUCCAAGGCCACAGCUUUCCGGGUGCAUGUGGUCAGCUCCAAGCCAUAUUGAAGGUUGGGGUCGAGAGAAAGCUGAAGGAAGAAGGCAACAAGAGUUGGGGAAAGAAGGGUACCCCCACUCCCAAAAAAUGUGUGGGUCAAGCAGUGGAUUAUGUCCAUGAUGUUUGCUCGAUAUGGGGCCAUUUGUAGUAAAUAAUGUAUCUCACUCCAGUUCUCUUUUUAUUUUUUUAUUUUUGUAAACUUCAGUUUUGCCAAUCUUGUCAGAGAAAUAUUGUAUUGUUGCUAAGUUUGAUGUAUUCUACCCAGAAUCACUUUGUGCGAAAUGGGCAGCCAUAUACAUUUAAUAAAUAAAUAAAUCUAAAUCUAUACAACCCUAAAACUCUCCUGCCUGUAACCUUUAGUUGGGUGAAAAGGUACAUUAUAGGCCAAAACCUUUUUCAGCCAGUUGUACCUCAGAUGGGCUAACUUACAGAAUGUGUCUCCAAAGUCUGGGACAUACAGCUCUUGUAGAGCUGAAAUUUGGCAAAUUUCAUACAAUAUUUUAUGACAUAAAAUUAGCAUUUUAUGUAGGAAUAGAAAAUGUUAUAAAACAUUUCUUGUGGUAAAUGUUUGACUGUACUAUACAAUUCAACACUGGCUACUUACAGGGCUGAUACAUCCUGAAUUUUAAAGAACUUUUCAAGUACAUUCUUAAAGAUACUGAGGAAUCUGGCAAGGAAAUAUUUCUAAAACUAUGACCCAACAGGGAACAGGUGGUCUAGUAAAUAAAUAAAAUCCACUGGGUGAAUUAGCAUAAGGGUCUUUAUUAAUCUUUCCUCUCUGGCCCAUUUUUUCCUAUUGAAGCAUAUAUUCUUUCUCUCUGUGCUAUGAAUCUGCUCCAGAAGAGACAUGCCUCAAAAAGCAGGUUUAAAAAAAAGGCAAGAAACCUAGCAAUUCUUUAAAGAUGACAGACUUUAAAGUACCUACAUGUAUCUUUGUUUUGAUGCAGAAGUUAAGAAAAGCUACUGGGUUUUGGUUCAAAACCAGCCUUAAAUGCAUCACAUAGUUAGAUAUCCCUAACUAGAAAGAUUGGAAUCAGGAAGCGCCUUCAAUUUGCCAUUGCGAUGAUAGAAGUUCACACACCAGUUUAAAAGAAUUAGCAAAAUCUUUGGGUUUUGCUCCCCUUGAGAAUCAAGUAACCAGAGCUGUACGCUAUAUUGUCAUUAACUAACUGAUUAGGCCAUUUAACCAGCUAGUCCCUACAGGUUUUUUUUUUUUUUUUUUUUUUUUUUUAAAAAUUCCUGGAGUUUGAAGGCUGGAGAAGUGCAUAGGAGAAAAGUGUUUGAUGCUCAGUGUGCUACAGUCCUUUGAAUGCCACCCGGUGGAUGUGAGAGCUCUGCAAGAUAAACUUAUGGAUUUUAUUAGAAGCCGCUGUUUUAUAGAAUGACGUGAUUUUUUUUUAAAGCCUAUUCAUGCCUUUUAAUUUUAUGCAGAAGCAGGAUUCUUUAAAAAGUUUUCUACAGAAACACAACCUUAUUGUGAUGACUGUUGUGGGGUAAUCCGAGUGGGAAGGAAUGGAGAGUCGUGGCAAAGCUCAGCCUUGAGGCACCUCUGAACAAGGGGGCUUGAGGUGAGCAGGGUGGGUGGGAACAAGGCCUUGCCUCUGUCUUUGGAGUGAUGUGCGAAGGAUGCGCUCCCGAUAAAGUUAGAGCUCUGGUAAGCCACACCUUUGCUGUAAGAAACCUAAAAUUUAUAUUAACACUUGAGACAGUUGCUCCUCCUAUAUAGUAAAGCAAUAGCAGUAGACUUAUAUACCGCUUCAUAGGCCUU